GGGAACUCCUAAAAUAUCUUAUUACAAGUUAAUCACUAAAGGGAUGUUGCCUAUAAGCUUAAAUUAUACAAAAUGGCCCAUCUCUGGGAACCCUGCCUCCCAGGUAACGAGUGUUAAGCUAAAAUCCCUAAGUUUAACUCACAGGAAACUUCCUGACUAGGCCCACCUGUCAGUGGCUGCAUCCCUUCCAGAGGCUGAUGGGAAUCAGGAAGCGUUCAGCUUUACGUCCUCCCCUUUUGGUAUAAAAGGAGCCUGAGCUCUCACUCGGGCAAGAUAGUUUUCUGGGACACGAAUCUUCUCGUCUUUUCGGUUGGCUGGCUUUCCAAAUAAACAUCGUUAUUCCUCGCCCCAACAACUGGUCUCACCAUCGAUUGGCCUGUCCUGUGAUGAACAGUAUGACCUUGGACUUGGUAACGAGCAGUUGCAGAAUUUUCAGGUAGCUUCCUGGUGCCCUACCUCAUCAUGCUCAUUGUGGAGGGCAUGCCGCUCCUGUACCUGGAACUGGCAGUGGGGCAGCGCAUGCGCCAGGGCAGCAUUGGUGCCUGGAGGACCAUCAGCCCCUACCUGGGUGGCGUCGGUGUGGCCAGUGUGGUGGUGUCCUUCUUCCUCUCCAUGUACUACAAUGUCGUCAAUGCCUGGGCCUUCUGGUACCUCUUCCACUCCUUCCAGGAUCCCUUGCCGUGGUCUGUCUGCCCACUGAAUAGCAACCACACGGGCUAUGACGAGGAGUGCGAGAAGGCUUCCUCCACGCAGUACUUUUGGUACCGCAAGACCCUCAACAUCUCACCAUCCAUCCAGGAGAGUGGGCCGGUGCAGUGGGAGCCAGCGCUCUGCCUCAUCCUGGCUUGGCUGCUGGUGUACCUGUGCAUCCUGCGGGGCACCGAGUCCACAGGCAAGGUGGUGUACUUCACGGCGUUGCUGCCCUACUGCGUGCUCAUCAUCUACCUGGUCAGGGGCCUCACCCUCCACGGAGCCACCAAUGGCCUGGUGUACAUGUUCACUCCCAAGGUGGAACAGCUGGCCAACCCCAAGGCCUGGAUCAAUGCAGCCACCCAGAUCUUCUUCUCGCUCGGCCUGGGGUUCGGCAGCCUCAUCGCCUUUGCCAGCUACAACGAGCCCUCCAACAACUGCCAGAAGCACGCCGUCAUCGUGUCCCUCAUCAACAGCUCCACCUCCAUCUUUGCCAGUGUCGUCACCUUCUCCAUCUAUGGCUUCAAGGCCACCUUCAACUAUGAAAGCUGCCUGAAAAAGGUGAUUCUGCUGCUGACCAAUGCUUUCGACCUUGAAGAUGGCUUCCUGACGGCCAGCAACCUGGAGCAGGUGAAGGGCUACCUGGCAUCUGCCAACCCCAGCAAGUACAGCGAGGUGUUGCCACAGAUUAAAAACUGUAGCUUGGAAUCAGAGCUGGAGACGGCCGUCCAGGGCACUGGCCUGGCUUUCAUCGUCUACACCGAGGCCAUUAAAAACAUGGAGGUGUCGCAGCUGUGGUCGGUGCUCUACUUCUUCAUGCUGCUGAUGCUGGGCAUAGGGAGCAUGCUGGGCAACACGGCCGCCAUUCUCACCCCUCUGACUGACAGCAAGCUUAUCUCCAGCUACCUGCCCAAGGAGGCCAUCUCAGGUCUGGUGUGCCUCAUCAACUGUGCCAUCGGCAUGGUGUUCACCACGAAGGCCGGCAACUACUGGUUUGACAUCUUCAAUGACUACGCUGCCACACUGUCCCUUCUGCUCAUUGUCCUGGUGGAGACAAUCGCCGUGUGUUACCUGUAUGGGCUGAGGAGAUUUGAAAACGACCUCAAGGCCAUGAUGGGACACACUCUGAACUGGUAUUGGAAGAUCAUGUGGGCUGGCGUGAGCCCGCUGAUCAUCAUCAGCCUCUUGCUCUUCUACCUGAGUGACUACAUCAUCACGGGGACCCUGCAGUACCAGGCCUGGGACGCCUCCCAGGGCCAGCUUGUGACCAAGGAUUACCCGCCCUAUGCACUGGCCAUCAUUGGGCUGCUCGUGGCCGCCUCCAUCAUGUGCAUCCCCCUGGUAGCCCUGGGGACUUUCAUUAAGCAUCGCCUCAAGCAGAGAGCCACAGGCCCCAUGGCCUGAGAACUGGCAUCCCAGAAACCGCUGCCAGCUGUCCCUGUUUCACUGCCACUCCGUACAGGUGGGGCCUCUCGGCUGCUCUUUGAGAUCAGGUCUCCAGAGGCACUCAGUCUUCAUCUUCGUGAGUCAGUAGAGGAGGAGGAAGGUGUAAAAAAGAAGACUCCCUGGGGAGCAUCCCCAGCCAGCUCACCAAGCAGCCCCUCCUUCCCUCCGCCUACCCCUGGGGGGUUGUACUGUGCUGCCCUCAUGGUCACUAAGGAGGCAGGGUUCUCAAGGCCAGUCUUGAUGACAAUUGCUUGAUACUAGGAAAGCUCUGUCAUUAGGGCUCACUGUGAGCAGAAUAAAAUUUAAGCAAUUUUUUUUUUCUUUCUGAAGAGACCCCAAAACAUUAGAGGGCAUUCAUUUUUAGAGCAGUUUGAAAAGGAGUUUAAGUGCCAGAGAUGACAAAUAUGAAUGGUAUCAGUGCAAAAUGAAUUCUUUUUAUAGUCACAGUAAAUAUACAAGUACUGUGUUUUCCUUUGCUAACAGGAUUGCUUGGCCAUAAAGAAAGGUGGCCUCUGUAUGGGGCUGACAGAGAAGGUCCAGGACAAGUCCUCCCUUAGUUUGCAAUCCCAAGCCCUCUUCAGCCGUGGUUCCAUGAGGGGAAGAUGCAGAUAGCCUGGCCCUGGUGUCUGAGUGCACUGAAGUGCUGCCAGGGCCACUAUGAAUGUGAAGCUACUUUCCUACAGACUUAAGGUUGUAUUUGGACAUGAUGACCAACUCUUUAUAGGAAAGACCUUGAACAUGACUUACCAUCUGUUUUAAAUUAUUUAUCUGUACGUAAGUAUUUAUCUUAGAGCAUCUUGUACCUGAGAACACCCUGUUUGGGACGCAGCAUUAAUCCAUCAGGCAAACGUCUCAUCUUUUAACUGCAGUAAGCAGGCAAAGUUAUCCCUGAAAUGAGAAUGACCUCCUGUUCAACAUUGCUCAAUUCCAGGACCUCAGUGCAGUGAAGCACAGAAAGCUUCUUUGAAUACACUUGUACAAACAUCUUAAAAGACCCUUAAACACUUGUAACAUCAGAUGGAAAUGGCAUUUUUUUUUUAACUUUUUUCAAGCAAUAAACUUCCCUAUAACAAGACUAGGCAUUUGCUAAUACACCAAUAGACAGAUCAGCCAGACAAGAAAUCAAUAAGGAAAUACAGGCCUUAAAUGACAACACUAGACCAGACAGACUUAACUGAUAACAUUCUCUCUGAAAGCAGCAGAAUGUACAUUCUUAUUAAGUUCAUAUGGAACAUCCUCCAGGAUAGAGCACAUCUUAGACCACAAAUCAAGCCUUGGUAAAGUUAAGAAAACUGAAAUUAUAUCAAGCAUCUUAUCUGAUCACAACACUAUGAGACUAAUCAACAUGAAAAAAACAGCAAAAAACAUAAAUGACCUGGAGACUAAACAAUGAAUGGAUCACAAAGAACUUAGGAAAUCAAAAAAUACCUACAGCCAAAUGACAAUGUUAACAUGAUGGGAGGAGACACAGCAAAAGCCGUGCUAAGAGGGAAGUUUAUAGCAAUACAAUCUCACCUCAGGAAGCAAGGAAAAUCUCAAACAACCUAACUUUGCACCUAAAGAAGGAAUAAUAGACAAAGCCCAAAGUGAGUAGAAGGAAAGACAUCAUGAAGAGCAGAAAUAAAUGAAGGAGAUGAAGAAAACAGUGGUGAAGAUCAAUGAAACCACGAGUUGGUUCUCUGAAAAGAUCAACAAAAGUGAUAAACCUUUAGCCAGAAUCAGCAAGAAAAAAAGGGGAGAGGGCUCAAAUCAAUUAAAAGUAGAAAUGAAACAGGAGAAAUUAUGACAUCCCAGAAAUACAAAAGAUCAUAGGAUACUAAAAACAACUAUAUCCUAAUAAAACAGACAACCUAUAAGAAAUGGACAAAUUCUUACAAAAGUAUAACCUUCCAAGACUGAAGGAAUAGAAAGGAUGAAUAGAGCAAUCACAAGUAUUGAAACUGAAACUGUGAUUAAAAAACUUCCAACAAACAAAAGUCCAGGAGAAGAUGGCUUCAUAUCAAACAUUUAGAGAAGACCUAACACCUAAUCUUCCAAAAAGGUACAGGGGAAGGAACACUCCCAAGUUCAUUCAAUGAGGCCGCCAUCACCCUGAUAGCAAAACCAGACAAAGAUACUACAAAAAAAAGGAAAUUAGAGGCCAAUAUUACUGAUGAACACAGAUCAAAAAAUCCUCAACAAAUAAUCAGCAAACUCAAUCCAACAAUACAUUAAAUGGAUUAUACACUAUGAUCAAGUGGGAUUUAUCCCAGGGAUGCAAAAAUUCACAAAUAGGGUUAGGGUUAGGGUUAGAUGCAGAAAAAUCUUUUGACAAAAUUUAACAACCAUUUCUGAUAAAAUCCUCCCAAAGUGGGCGGAUUUUCCUCAACAAAAUCAAGGCCAUAUAUGACAAACCCACAGCUAAUAUCACUCUCAAUGCCGCAUUGCUGAAAGCAUUUCUGCUAAGAUUAGGAACAAGACAAGGAUGUACACUCUUGCCACUUUUAUUCAAUAUAGUUUUGGAAGUCCUAACUACAGCAAUCAGGGAAGAAAAAGAAAUAAAAAGAAUCUAAAUUGGAAAAGAAGUAAAAUAACCACUGUUUGCAGAUGACAUGAUACACAGAAAAUCCUAAAGACAUUACCAGAAAACUAUUAAAGCUCAUCAAUGAAUUUGGUAAAGUUGCAGGACACAAAAUUAACACACAAUCUCUUGCAUUCCUAUGCACUAACAAAGCAGAAAGAGAAUUUAUGGAAACAAUCCAAUUUACCACUGCAUCAAAAAGAAUGAAAUACCUAAGAAUAAACCUACCUAGUGGCAAAAGACUUGUAUUCUGAAAAUUACAAGACACUGAUGAAAGAAAUAAAAGACGACACAAACAGAUGGAAAGAUAUAUCAUGCUCUUGGACCAGAAGAAUCAAUAUUGGCAAAAUGACUCUACUGCUCAAGGCAAUCUACAGAUCCCAUGCAAUACCUAUCAAAUUACCAAUUUUUCAUAGAACUAGAAGAAAAAAAUUACUUUGUAUUGAAACACAAAAGACCCUGAAUAGCCAAAGCAAUCUUGAAAAAGAAAAAUGGAACUGUGGGACUCAGGCUCCCUGACUUCAGACUACACUACACAGCUACAGUCAUCAAGACAGUAUGUUACUGGCACAAAAAGAGAAAUAUAGGUCAGUGGAAUAGGAUAGAAAGACCAGAGAUAAACCACCCCCCUAGGAUCAAUCUACACAAAGGAGGCAAGGGUGUACAAUGGAAAAAGGUCAGUCUUUUCAAUAAGUGGUGCUGGGAAAACUGGACAGCUACAUGUAAAAGAAUGAAAUUAGAACAUUCUCUAAUACCAUACACAAAAAUAAAUGCAAAAUGGAUUAAAGACCUAAACCUAAGGCCAGAUACUAUAAACAUAGAACACUCUCUGACUUAAAUCACAGCAGUUAUCUUUUUAGAUCCACGUCCUAGAGUAAUGAAAAUAACAAAAAUAAAAACAUAGGAUCAAAUGAAAUGUAAAAGCUUUUGCGCAAUAAAGGAAACCUAAAAAAAAACAAAAAACAAAAAACAAGACAACCUUCAGACUGGGAGAAAUCUCUACAAACGAAGCAAAUGACAAGUGAUUAAUCCCCCAUAUGUACAAACAUCUCAUGGAGCUUUAUAUCAAAUCAAACAACCCAAUCAAAAAAUGAUCACAAGAUCUAAAUAGACAUUUCUCCAAAGACGGACAGAUGGUCAAAAAACACAAGAAAAGAGGUUUGACACCACAAACUAUUAGAGAAAUGCAAAACAAAACUACAAUGAGGUAUCUCCUCACACCAGUCAGAAUGGCCGUCAUGAAAAAGUCUACAAACGAGAGGGUGUGAAGAAAAGGGAACUCUCCCACAGUGUUGCUGGAACUGUAAAUUCUGUCCACAAUGGAGGACAGCAUGGAGGUUCCUCAAAAACUGGAUACAGAACUACCCUAUGACCUAGUAAUCCCUCUCCUGGGCAUAUAUACGGAAGAAAACCAUAAUUCAAAAAGAUACAUGCACCGCAGUGUUCACUACAGCACCAUUUACGAUGGCCAAGGCAUAGAAAUAACUUAAUUGUCCAUCAACAGAGGAAUGGAUUAAGAAGAUGUGGUACAUAUGUACACAAUGGAAUAUUACUCGGCCAUAAAAAAGGAAUGAAAUAAUGCCACUUGCUACAACAUGAAUGGACCUAGGGAUUAUCACACUAAGUGAAGUAAAUCUGGCAAAGACAAAUACCAUAUGAUAUCCCAUAUAUGUAGAAUCUAAAAUGUGAUACAAAUGAACUUAUCUACAAACCAAAAAGACAGACAUAGAGAACAUACCUGUGGUUGCCAAGGAGGAGAGGAGAGAGGGGGAGGGAAGGGCUGGGAGUUUGGAAUUAGCAAAUGCAAAGUGUUAUAUAUAUUAAAAAUUCUGUAAUAAGCCAAAAUGGAAAAGAAAAAAAAAUCACUUGGCUUUCAAAUGCAUGAACCAGCAUUUACUAACCAGAACUAGUCAAUUUUGUGAUUUCUCAUCAGAAGGGUUCUUCAGUGUCAGAAAACCUGAGCUAUCAAGGCUUGAAGAGGGCAUACUUGAUGGCAGAUACAUAGCACAGUCUGUUCCUGAAUCCUUACAGGUCAGUCCCUGCCUCAGCCCCUAGUCAUGGUCACUGUCUUACAACAGGGGCCAACCCUCCCGGGGCUGGUCAUCAGCUGCAUGUUUCAGCCCCAAAUGCUAGAUGACCUCAGGCUCGUAGAGACCAUCACUUUAUUCACAGUUGCUGUGCUUCCACGCCAGCAUCCACCGGAACCACCUGGGAGCAUUUAGAACUUCCAGUGUCCAGGCCAUGCCCAGAAAGCUGCCAAAUCUGAAAACAGGGUCCCAUUUGAGAAGGAAAGUGUGUCAUACAUUUAGGCACGUUUACAUCAAAAAUGACCUUCAAAAGUAUGAAAGCAUCUUAAAGCAUUUCUAGUUGUAUUGGAAAGUCACUUCUACAGAAUAUGUUUUGCUCACAAAAGUAUAUAUAAAAAAAAAAAGUUCUAUUAUUAUAGACUAAUGUGUUCCAGAUGAAAUGUUUUGGUUCAAUUUUAUUCUGGUUUCUGGCAACUACAUGAAGAGUAUUACAUUUUGCCAUAAUUGUCUUGAACCACUAAAUCCUGUCUCAAAAAAUUCUUGACUAUGUUCUAGGGACUGCAAAAGUAGUCAUCUUAACACCUGUCCACUCUCCUCCAAUAAACUGGAGAGAAAAAGGUGCAUUCCACUCUUGCGCCCUUAUCAGUAACCAUGACAUUAUGGCUAGAUCACAGACUGCAGAGAGCUUUCUACUUAUACUAAAAACAUACAGACACUUUGUUCUAAGAAAUCAGGUGGGGAAAUACUUGGUUUUUAGCAACUAUCACAAAUAAAACCCUAAACACUGUAUAUCUCCAUGUUAUUUUGGUCAUUUAUGGGGUGCAGUUUUGAGACUUCCCUCAUUAUGUAAACACACUGGCUAGUUUGGGGGGAAAGAAUGGAAAAUAAAAGAAAUGAGUUCCCGUGGUG